GAGCGGCGGGGGGGCGGUGCUGGCCGCCGGUAGGCCGAGGGCCUGAGGUGCGGGCGGGGGAGGCCGCGCAGCGCCCCGCCGGCUGCAGGUUGCACUUGGAUUACAACAACAUAUGGCUGGCAAAUAGAACAUCACUGCUUUUCUGGAAGAUGUAGUUUCACCAGGACUUCCCAUCUGAGUUGCUGCGAGGCCUGAAAAUUUGACUGGAAAUAACACCAGGGUGGGGGUUACAACACUGUGUGGCUUUCUAGAAGAUGACUGUAGAAGAUCUCCCAGAACGUUCCUUAGAAGGAGAUUCUCUCACUGAAAGACGUUUUUUAUUCCCAAACUCCGAAACAUCUGUUACCUUUUCUGUUGCUGCUGCACCAAUGCCUUCAGACUGUGAGUUUUCCUUCUUUGAUCCCAAUGAUGCAGCAUGUCAAGAAAUACUUUUCAACCCCAAAACAUCAAUUUCUGAAUUGUUUGCUAUCUUAAGACAGUGGGUUCCACAGGUCCAGCAGAAUAUUGAUGUUAUUGGGAAUGAGAUCAUUAAAAGAGGUUGCAAUGUGAAUGACAGAGAUGGACUGACUGAUAUGACUCUUUUGCAUUACACUUGUAAAUCGGGGGCUCAUGGUAUUGGUGAUGUUGAAACUGCUGUAAAAUUUGCAACACAGCUUAUUGAUCUGGGUGCUGAUAGCAGUUUACGCAGCCGCUGGACAAAUAUGAAUGCCUUGCAUUAUGCUGCUUACUUUGAUGUUCCAGAACUUAUUAGUGUUAUUUUGAAAAACGCAAAGCCAAAAGAUGUAGAUGCUACCUGCAGUGAUUUUGAUUUUGGAACAGCUUUACAUAUUGCUGCAUUUAACCUAUGUACAGGAGCCGUCAAGUGUCUACUGGAACAUGGAGCAAAUCCUGCCUUUAGGAAUGACAAAGGGCAGAUCCCAGUGGAUGUGGUUCCUGAUCCAGUAGAUAUGCCACUGGAAAUGGCAGAUGCAGCAGCCAGUGCAAAAGAAAUCAAGCAGAUAUUGCUGGAUGCAGUGUCUCUGUCAUGUGAUGUCUCAAAAGCCGUGAUUCCAAACCAUAAUCAUGUCACAGGCAAGGCCAUGCUCUUAUCGCUUGGCCUGAAGCUGGGAGAUCGUGUCGUUAUUGCAGGACAGAAGGUUGGUACGUUAAGAUUUUGUGGUACAACGAAAUUUGCCAGUGGCCAGUGGGCUGGCAUAGAACUGGAUGAAGCAGAAGGAAAGAACAAUGGAAGUAUUGGAAAAGUCCAGUACUUCAAGUGUGCACCGAAAUGCGGUAUCUUUGCACCUCUUUCUAAAAUAAGCAAGUCUUACGAUCAGAAGAAACCCGUUGUACGAAGUACUUCUAUGCGAUCUUCGCCUUUGGUCAAAUCCAAGAAAAUAGAUAUAACGCAUGUAACUUCCAAAGUGAAUUCUGGCCUAAAUAUGUCAAAAAAACCCAGUGCUUCUGAAACCAACUUAAUGACUGUUAACAGGGGAAAAAUGCUACCUGCAAAAGAAGGUUUUCCUGGAUACAGCAGCUCUUCCUCUUCUACUACCUCCUUAGAAGGCAAGCAGAAUAAGAAGCGGAACUCAACUAGCAGCAAUAAAAAGCCACUUACUAGAGCAUCUUCUGCCUCAUCUAAAAUUAGUGCUGGGCUGUACAGUUCCUCUUCAGCUGCGAGGAAAUUUCCUUUCAAUGAGGGAGAAAUUCAAGUUGGAGACAGAGUACUGGUGGUAGGACAGAGAACAGGCACUGUUAGAUUUUGUGGGACGACAAAAUUUGCACCAGGAUUCUGGUGUGGAAUUGAAUUGGACAAGCCUCAUGGUAAGAAUGAUGGUUCAGUAGGAGGUGUUCAGUACUUCAGGUGUCUUCCUAGAUACGGUAUAUUUGCACCACCAUCUCGUGUUCAGAGAUUAACAGGUUCGCUGGAUUCUCUUGCAGAGACUUCAUCAAGUAAAAUAAAUCACAGUUUUCCAGGUUUUAGACGCAGCUUAAGCACAACUUCUGCAUCUUCACAAAAAGAGAUAAACAGAAGAAACUCCUUUGUUAGGUCUAAGAGCUCUAUCUCACGGCACAGCUGGAGUAAUACCAGUGCAACUAACACUGAGGGACUGGUGAAGCUGCACGAAGGCUCACAGGUUCUUCUGACCAGCUCCAAUGAAAUGGGUACAAUCAGGUAUAUUGGUCCUACAGACUUUGCACCAGGGAUAUGGCUCGGACUUGAACUCCGAAGUGCAAAGGGAAAGAAUGAUGGCUCUGUAGGGGAAACACGUUAUUUCACCUGUAAGCUGAACCAUGGGGUCUUAGUUCGACCUAGCAGAGUAACCUAUCGUGGGAUUAAUGGGGCAAAACUUGUAGAUGAUAUUUGCUGAGCCAAAAUAUGCUACAAAGUAGGAAAUUAAAGCACACAAGAACCUCAUCUAGAUUUCCACCUUAUUUUUUAAACAAUUAAACCUGUAUUUGUAUUUUACAUAUAUAUAAUAUAUAUGUGUGUAUAAAGAUAUAUAUAUUGUGUGUGUAUGUGUAUAUAUAUGCAUAUAUACACAUAUUUAGAAGUAAACACACUGUUCUGUUUCUCUUAAUGAAACAGCUCUUACCUGGGAAGGUUACUCCAAAAGCUUUUGGGUUUAAGAUGCUGUAUUAUUUGAAUCAUGCUCCAGUUGGAGAAUGCUAGUAUGUCCAGUGUUCUCUAAAGUUGCUUUGUGAUUCAUAUAGUACUUAAACGAUUUUCUUCCAUGUAGUAAUGAACUGACAAUGCUUCAUGCAUCGCUUGCUUUUGAUAGAGGAGGUGGUUAAUGAGUGACAUUAGUGUGUUUCCUAGACACUUUGACAAUUUCAAUACCAGCUGCUAGCAAUAAUAAAAAAGCAAAAAAGACAUUUUUUUCAAGCACUUGUGAAGUAUUUCUAUAUUUUAUCAUCAGAUCCAUCCUCUUCUUUACCCCCUGGCAUUAUCCCCUCCUGAAUAUAGAAGGGCUGAUAAAUGCAAGUAUUUGUGGCUAUCCUAGUGAAUGAAUUAAGUAAAAAGCCUUUAAAAACACACAGACACUGCAUGUAGUUGUUAAAUGCACUUUUUGUUGUAUGCAUUUGUUGAAAGAGCUUCUUAUAAGAAGCACUCUUUAAAAUAAUGCACUUUGCACUCUCUUGGAGAGCUUUCCCUCAUUUUUAAAGGUAUUUUUUUUGUUGUUUGGUUGGUGUGCUGCAGGCUAUGAGUAUCACAAUUUUUAAGUGCAAAUGAACCCAGAGUGGAACUAUACAUAAUAGAUGCAGCAUAAAUAUUAAGUCUGUAUAAAUACAGCAUAGUAAUUCCUGCCAGUGGUGUGGGUUAUACGCAGGGUUUUCAAGCAAGCUAUUAACUAGCUAUUUGUUUGUUACUGAUGUUUGUUUUUGUUUUGUUUGGAACAGUUUCCAGUAUAAGUUUAUUGUAAGAGUCUUAUGCUAAAUUAAGGCUAAUUUUAGGUAUAGCACUGUAACACCAUAUGAGGUGACAUUUGCAUAUCAGCUUUUUUAAAAAAAUAGAUAGUAUUUUGCCCAUGUUUUAAACAUGUAAUGUAUUUUAAUUGCUCACUAUCUUAUUGGAUAUUAUUGGGGUGGUUUUGUAUUCCAGAACGGUCAUUUUAUUCUUAAAUGAUCUGCCUGCUUUUAUCUCCUUGAAAGAAGUGACACUAUAAUUACAUCUUAAUAUACUAUUUUUAGACAGAAUUCUGCUGCUAUUAUGUUAUUUUAACAAUUAAUGUAGCUAUUUUUCCUUGGCUGUAUUUAGAAUACUGCAUAUUGUAUUCUAGCUUAUGGACAUUUAAAUUGAAUAUAAAAGCUGUAAAUUUUUAAUGUAAAAAAUUAAUGCUUUGUAUUUGAAGAUGUACUGAACGCAGUGAUCUACUGAACAUUAUUUUGUCCAAUAUCUGUUUCUUGCUGGUAUUAUUAAAAUGAAACCCUGGUGGGUGGUAUAGUAUGGUAAAGAGAAAUUUCAUUAGGUCCUUAUAGAAUGUACAUCUUUUCUCUCACUUCUGUUCUUAUGUACAAAUUAUGUAAACAGGAUGUUGUAGUGUGCUUCGCAGUGCACAGGAGAGAUCCCUUUUCAGUUAAGAGAGGAAGGAACCCGAAGUGUGUGUGGGGAAAUGGAAAAGAGAGGUGUGUGCCUAAAACCUGCUCAGGAGUUUUGUUAACUAAACCAAGGUAAUAUCCUGCUAGGGAAUAAUAAGCAUGUGGAUAAACAAGUGAAGGAGAAUAAAUAACUCUAUAAAUGUUCGUUCUAAUUUUAAGGAAUGUUUCUUGAGAAAGUAGCUACCUAAGGUGUGGGAGUGGAACAGGGAGGGGAAACAAAGGGGCAUUUCAGGGCAGGAACUCGCUUUUCCUAUGCCUGUCAUAGGACUUACCUGUGGUACUUCCCUGUAUUAAGUACAGUUUAUAAUCAGACCUACGAAAAGUCUAUUUCCAAACAAAGAAAAAUGCUGUCUUAGGCUAUAUACAUAUAGGGAUGGAAACACCCACCUGCUUUCUUGAACUGUGCAUGUUGUUCUCUAUUUCUACUAGCCAUCUUCCUUUGGGUGAAAGCCAACCUUUGGUGCUUGUAAUAGAUGGAACAGCACCUUUCUUCUCUGUAAGAAGCUUGGUGGGUACUAGAUUUACAAUGCAACCAAGUCUUAAACAUGCUGCUGUUAGCCAGAAAGAUGGCAGUCUCUGUUUGGCACCACACCUGCUCCUUUUGCACAGGUGUACCUGGUUACUUCUAUAACUGACCUGAUGUUGAUACAGUCAUUAUACAACCCAACACAGAAGAAGCCAUUUACAGUCAUUUUAUUUGUCUUCAUGCCUUUUUGGUUCACUACACUUGUUUACAAUACAAAUACACUAUUCAAUACAAAAUACUCAAUGACCAUAGAGUAGUAUUUUUCUUCAUAGUAUCCCUGAAGUGCAUAGGCCCUUCCUUUAUAAACAGUGUUGCAUAAACUACUGUACAUGAGAGAGACAUUCCUAUAAUGAAGCUUUGUUACUAGAAGAAGCCAGGUGCAGACAAUUCAGGCAGUUUCCUGUGAUGGGUUUAACUUUGGGACAGAUGCUUUGUGAUGUCUUUGCAGCUGUGAAAGGCUGUUUUAUGCUAUUCCUAUGUCAAAGUUCUUGUCCCCAAAAAGACAGGCUCAGUAAGAGGAGCAAACGUGCAAAAUUUAAUCCUUCAUAUUCUAUUUCAGACCUCUUACCUCAUGCACUGUCUAAACAUUUGUGCCCAGUGGUGCUGCAGUUACUCUCACACUGAGCCUUUGUCCUUUUGUAAACAAACAGGGAGUGAAGUGAAGCAAGUGGACCAGUGAUACUACACCACUGAAAGAUGUGACUCAGCCAAAUUAACGCAGAUUUUGAGCUUUUAGUCUGUGGUACCUGACCUCCCUCCCCUGCUACAGCAAAGCCCCUCUCUUGCCACCACUCCUUCCACUGUUCCUUGAGGAAGCAGAACAACCCAGACUUCUCGCCUUUGCUUCAUUUCCAAGCAUGUGAUAUAGAAGCAAGGUUCAGUAGUAAAAACAAAGAUGAAAGCACAACCGGAAAAGUAGAUAAACAGGCAUCCUAACCUACUUUACCUUCAGCAGCUUACAAAUCAGCACAGAAUCAGAAAAUCUACCUAACAUCUACAGGAAACAGAUAACAUCCACAAGGAAACAAGUCAUUUUCAGAGUAUGAGAGUGGUAGCAUGGAAUUUUUAUAUUCAUUCUUUAUAUCCUGUAGAUCAUACUGCUUCCCGCUUUUCCACUGUAGCAUGAGGAAGAUACAUAAGACUGGAAUUUAAAUAUUGACAAUGAAAAAGUUUAACUUUUUCAGUUUAAAAGCAAGUUCUGUACUUGCUUCUACAUUUUACGAUUUAUGUUGUCUCAAUAAAUUGUACUAACAAAAAAACAACAGACAAAAUGUUGUAAGAGA